UUCAUCUGACGGCCAUUUGAUAUCCUCUCGCGUGUAAGCCGUGUGCGUAAUCGUGCGGUUUCGCACAUAAUCCCCGCACUGCAGAUUGACGCCAAUUACGCUGAUAUUGCAGACGGCCAGCGCGGAAGUGAGGGGAAAAGUUUGGACUGAUAUUAUUGUCCUUGCAAGAGUAUCAUAUUGCUCGUCUUGAUAAUUUCUAAGAAAAAGCGUAACGCAGUUCUUAGAAAAUCCCGGAAAGCCUUGUGAUAAUGGUCUGCUUAAAUACGGAAAAAAGUUUUCGCUUUAAUCACUGUUAUUUUGACCGCGAGCAAUGGAUGCCAGUGUGUGUUUUCGCUUAGCCGCCUCCUUGGUGAAUUGUGCGCACGCAAUUAUGCUGCCAUUACCUGCGGUACGCCCGACACCUCCCCGUGAUUUGAUUGCCCCGCGCUGAUUUGCACAAUCGAUACGACAUCUCGUGCGCAACCAGCAGCCGUAAAAAUUCCUCUGUGGCCCCGGAGAAUUACGGUACAAUCGUUCUCGCCCCGGCGACUAAUUUUCUGCCAGAUCCGGGAUAAUUUUACCUGGAUGAUAUUGCACCGGCCGGAAACGCGUGCGAAUCGCCGUUAUGGAUACGUAAUUUCUGUACCGUAUUGUGAGUCGGGAAUACAGAUUGGCCUCCGGUCUAAACCUCGCUCGGGUGAGCGUGCCGCAAUUGCUAUAUUGCAUAAAUCAGAAUCCAAUUAGGUAAAUGAUCGUGGCAGUCAGUUAUUGAUCUCCUCUCUCUGGUCUCUGUGUUUCCCGCCCACCCGCAACAUCUCGGCUGACAAGGAAGAUAUGUACAGCGUCUUGUUAAUCAGCCAUGUUCACUCUGCCGAGAUUUACCGGGUGAUCCGAAGCCGGAGGAUGGCGAAUACCGUUCUUAAUUAACUAUUUUAUAUCUGCCGGCUUUUUUUCCAUAUUUCCACGCAAGCCGUGCCCUUGUGUCUUAUCUGUGUGUUUACGAAAAAACUCAGUCUGUACUCGGCUUGCUGUUGAAAAUGUCUUUUACUUACUCAACAAUAUUUAUCAGCAUUAAUCGUCGGAAGUGCGUUAAUUCAUUCAAGCAGAAGUUACAACUAUUCUUCUGCUUGGCCGGCUAAUAAUAUUCAAUGCGUCAACAUUGGAUGUCCAUCAUUCAUCGGGCCAUCUCCAUUAACAUUCGGCGCUUCGUGUGUCCGGCGUAAUUGCUCACACUGACGAUUAUGGCCCGCCGUGCGACGACAAGGAGAGAGUAAUUUUACGGAGCACUGUCAUCUGAGCAUUGUGUUUGUCUGUCAAGUGCCGGUGAUGAUCCAUAAAUCAUAACACGCCACACAAGAAGACAAAUCGCGGUUGUUGAUGAGACUUGUGGGCUGGCGAUCAUGGCACCGCCUGUAAUUAAAAAUCAACCAUCAAGUUCCAUCUGAUUAUCGUCAAUGAUGGUCCCUGGAGGAUUGCCGUGUAUGCAGCGCUUAUCUGCCCUACAACACCACUUCCUGUUGACGCCAAACUCCGCCCUUUAACCCAGCCAAUUCCCCCGCGACAUCGCCGCAACAUAUGGGCCCAUUAACGGCCGCAAUCCACAGCGGACCGGUUGCUGCACAGCACUCUGUACAGAAAACAUACACCGCGUCUAAUUACCCCAACAGGCAGCAGCCAUGACCAGGAUCGGAUUACUCUGAAUGUAUAAUUAUCUCCGGGAUCCUGAUUACCAACCCCGGAGUAAAUCAGCGUGUGUGUAGUGUGAGUAUAGUUCGGUGUGGAUAACAUUUCCUAUAUAAACACCACUAUCGCCGCCAACAUGACUAUCCACUUGGUCGUCAUCAAUUCCACCAACGACACCAUGGACGUGGAUCUGUUUAACCGUAAACUCUUGGAGACGGACCUGGAAGAUGAACGGCAGCGCUGGAUCCAGAUCAGUAUACUGUUCAUUCUGGGAAUUUUGGCGUUUGUUUUGAACAUCUACGUGAUUGUGACACUGGCCAGGAAGCGCUACCAUAGUGUACGGUUUAGUAAUAUUGAUCUGCUGAUUCUGCAUCUGGGGAUUGCGGAUAUCUUGGUGGCCGGUUUCUGUGUGCUGGCCGAUGCCGGCUGGAAGAUUACGUACCAGUGGCUGGCCGGGGAUUUUAUGUGCCGGGCGGUGAAAUACAUGCAGAUGUUCUCCCUGUACGCCAGCACCAAUAUUAUUGUCGUGAUCAGUCUGGACCGGUGUUUUGCCAUUGUUAAUCCCAUGCCGCGGAUUGAUCAGCAUCUGCUGGUUAAGCGCAUGACGAUGGCCGCCUGGAUUGUCGCCGGUUUGUGCAGCAUUCCACAGGUGUUUGUGUUCGGUGUGAUGAAAGCUCCGUUUGAGACGGACACCGGGGAAUUCUAUCAAUGCGUGACCCAUGGCGCCUACACUGCUAAAUGGCAGGAAACCACCUACGUCGUCUUCACAUUCUGUGUAAUAUUUGCCCUGCCUUUGCUCAUUAUUAUCAUUUCCUAUGUGCUGAUCUUCGGAAUCCUCCAUAAAGAAUCACACAAACGCUCAACGGAUAUUGAUGGGCCAUACAGUGAAGGGCAUCAGAAGGUGAUAAUUGCACGCACCCAGUCCGACACAUCCGGCGUCAGUCGGCUACGGGAGCAUACCAUGAAAAAGGCCAAAACGAAGACAUUGUGGAUAUCCGUUCUAGUUAUAUCGGCAUUUGUUAUUUGUUGGGCUCCCUAUCAUCUUGCCAUGAUCCUCUUCCUAUCAAUGGAGAAGCAUAUUGAUAACGUGGACGAUUACAAGAUGUUUCAGCACAUUUUUUUCUUUGGAAUGAGUAAUUCAGUAGCCAACCCGUUUAUCUACGGGGUAUUUCACAUGAUUGCCCGAUCCAAGAAAGCCUACAAGCAGCGCUCUCGAAGGGAGCGGAAGAAUCUGAUGCUGCCGAAAACGACAAAGUCCUUCGCCAGCGUACUCUGACGCCCCGUACCUGCACUUUCUAAUUUUCUCAAAAAGACCGCUUGCUAAAAGAAAUAUGGCAUGUGGUAACGUUAAUUUUCAUUUUUUUUGUAUGACAGUACAAUCCAGAUAUACUUUGAUUUACUCCUUUGGAAAGAUGAUCCGCGUCACAAUAAUGCAACUCGCUCUCGUAACAAGGCGGCGCUAAUUGAUUUUGUACCUGUUUUUCCGUGGAUAAGCUUGUCUGGCAGUUGGAGCAGAGUAACGCAACCAGAGCCCAAUAAAAUGGAAGGGCAUCUCAUUU